UUUCUAUUUCUUUUCUAUAUAUGGAAAGUGAAAAAACCAUCAUAUAAUAAUCCAGAAAUUGCAAUAGAAAAAGAAAUAAGGGAGGUUUGUGAUGAUUUUUCAAUCUUUUGUACUAGGUAAUCUAGUAUCCUUAUGCAUGAAAAUAAUCAAUUCGGUCGUUGUAGUCGGACUCUAUUAUGGAUUUCUGACCACAUUCUCCAUAGGGCCCUCUUAUCUCUUUCUUCUCCGAGCUCUGGUUAUAGAAGAAGGAACCAAGAAGAAGGUAUCAACAACAACUGGUUUUAUUACGGGACAGCUCAUGAUGUUCAUAUCGAUCUGUUAUGCGCCUCUGCAUCUAGCAUUGGGUAGACCUCAUACAAUAACUGUCCUAGCUCUACCAUAUCUUUUGUUUCAUUUCUUCUUGAACAAUCACAAACACUUUUUUUAUUAUGGAUCUACUACUAGAAAUUCAAUGCGUAAUCUCAGCAUUCAAUGUGUAUUCCUGAAUAAUCUCAUUUUUAAAUUAUUCAACCAUUUCAUUUUACCAAGUUCAAUGUUAGCCAGAUUAGUCAACAUUUAUCUCUUUCGAUGCAAUAACAAGAUCUUAUUUGUAACAAGUGGUUUUGUUGGUUGGUUAGUUGGUCAUAUUUUAUUCAUGAAAUGGCUUGGAUUGGUAUUAGUCUGGAUACGGCAAAAUCAUUCUAUUAGAUCAAAUAAGUACAUUCGAUCUAAUAAGUACCUU